CUUCUGGGUCGCUUUAUUGAUCCUCCACCCCUCUCUCGUCUCUUCUAUUCUUCUCUGUUCUCUUCUCCUCUCCUCUUCCCUUGUCCUCUUCUUCUGAAAUUAACCAUGGCUGCCCUCCUCUUCUUCGCCAUACUCUUCACUUGUGGCCUCAUCAACUCCUACUUCUUUCUCCAUCCUCCAAAGCUCUUGACACGGCUUGCGUCGUUUCUGUAUGUAACCUCCACGCCGAAGCCAAUAGUAAAAACUCCCAGUAAGGAUGGCAAGGAAGUUGUGGUUAGCGAGAUAGUAACCGACAAGGCUGGCAUAGAGACGGUGUUCGCUACCUUCGAUAAAGAUGGCGACGGCUUCAUCACAACGGAGGAGCUGGAGGAGUCAUUCAAGAGGUUGGGGCUCUUCAGCACAAGAAAUGAGAUUGUGAGCAUGAUGAAGAGGGUCGAUGCCAAUGGAGACGGCCUCAUAGACCUCGAGGAAUUCGGAGAGCUCUACGAUUCACUAGGGAGAGGCCGAGGAGGAGGAGAUGGUGAUGAGAGGGGAGAGAGAGGCAAAGAAGAGGAGGAAGAAGGGGAGGUGGAGUUGAGAGAGGCCUUUGAUGUGUUUGAUGAGAACGGGGACGGGCUGAUAACGGUGGAGGAGCUGGGGUUGGUGCUGGCUUCCCUGGGACUAAAGCGAGGGGCGACGGUGGAGGACUGCAGGGAUAUGAUAAGGAAGGUGGACUUGGAUGGGGAUGGCAUGGUGGACUUUGGGGAGUUCAAGAAGAUGAUGGUGGAGGGUGUUAAGCUCUUCUGAUGCAAGUCUAUCACUUGCCACUGCCAUAUUUGGGAGAUCUGUAGUUAGUGGACAUGGUGGUCUCUUCUUUGUUAGAAAGUUUGUAUAGCCUAAGAAACUUAUGCCAACUCUUUGUUCUUUUCUUUUUUCUUCUCUUCUCUUCUCUGUCACCAGUGUAUAUAACUUAAUAAACUUAUGCUAACUCUUUGUUCUAUUUUAUCU